AUGAGUGAAUGUACUAAUUCUCACUCAGCUCAACAGCAGCAACAACACAGUCAGCAGAAUCUUGUAGCCGAAGCUGGCACAAAAGAGCAUCCGAUUCGAAACAAUUUUGAAAAAGACUUUGUGAUUCUUCACACAUCACCCCCAUCAACUGUUGGCAACGUCUAUGACGCUCACUACUAUCGCUCCAAUGGCAUAGAUCAAGAGUAUCAUGCACAGGUAAUUCAGCAACCGGCAUACACUCGAUGUAGCGGACUUUCUAAUAAUGGAGCAAUUACUUGUCCCAUCGAGCCCUGUAUAUCUGUCCAGCUGCAUGGUGUAGCAAUGUCUGGAUCAUCAGAGAAUCAGACUGAUGUUGGCAUUCCAGAUAUUGAUUGUUUAAUUGCCCAAGCCUACUUGACUUGUUCAAAUGGCACAAGUGAUCUCAACUACUAUUCUAGAACCAUGGCUCGUACUUACUCUACAGCAAUGGACCAUUCGAAGCUGCAGAAUGACGACGAGUUCAAGUCCUUUAUUCAAAAUACCUCGGUGACUGUUGCUAACAAUGCCCGGACGCCUUUAAUACAUUCCGAUGCUACUCAAAGAGUAACUUGUCAAGAUGAGGCCGAUCAGGCACACUUGGGCUUUUACUCUCAAGAUGUCGACCAUCACACAUCACCCCAUAGUCCACCCUGCAUAGUAGAUGAUACUACAUACUUGCCUGAUACAGAUUAUCCACAGUCUCAAGUUCCUGUAGAUUUUGCAUCCCACACAACACCGCCAAAUACUAUACAAUCUAUCAGCGAUAAAUCAGAAUGGAGAGACAUUACUAGCCAUGUCUUGGUAAAUCGGUCAGUGCAAGCACAGAUACCUACUCUGUGUGGAAAUCAGACUGCUGCCGCCGACAUUGCUACUGACCUAGAUAACAAUCGAGGAGUAUUUUUCUUUUUUCCGGAUUUGGGAAUACGCAUUCCUGGCAAAUUCAAGAUCCGAAUCAUUAUUUCGAAAAUACAGCUCGAUGAAAGCCAGCGUGAUGAGCCAAUAUCUGCAAAAAAUAUUGUUCUGGCUGAAGUGGUAACCAACGCAUUUAUUAGCCAUUCCCCAAACUCGUGGACUGGCCAUCAUGCGCCGACACAGCUAUCUAAACAUUUCUCUCGACAAGGGGUGAGAAUCCCCUUGUUCAAGACUAGAAGAAAUUGA